UUUCAUGUCAUAUUGUUUGUCAAAGGUUGAAUAAUUUCCCUCUUUUCUCUUCUUUUGUUGGAUUGCUAAUGUCAGCAAGUUACUGGUUUCCAUGGUGGCUAACAGCCAUGCUUGUCAUUCUAAGCAUGAUUUUGAAUCCUAGCAGUUCACAGUCAACAGUCAACAGUAGCACCAUUAACAUACCAAUUAGAUCUUUCUGUGGUCGGGUUGCUGUGAUCUCUCAAUCGGAAUUUUCCACCAAUCUCAACUCCACUCUUGCUGCACUCAGAAAGGAUUUAUCGGUAAAUGGUUCGUAUUUUUCCAGAGCCCAGACCGUAGGGGAUGCAGAUUCAGUUUAUGGUACAGCCCAAUGCAGGCACUACCUCACAACAGUCCAGUGUCUGGCUUGCUUCGAUAGCGGGGUGUCUACAUUGGCUGGUUGCACUAGCGGGAACGGUGCAUAUGUUACUCUUGACGACUGUUUUAUCAGGUAUCAGAACUACCAAAACUACUAUGAUGAUCCAACAGUUAUAGAGGAUGUAGGGAUAGGAAUUACUUCAGCUGGAAUAUGUGGUAAUCAAUCAACAUCUGAGUCAUCAACCUUUAACAAAUUCAUGGAGGGCUUUUUAUCAGAUAUUCGAGUUGCAACUCCGAAAACAUCAGAUUUUUACGUAUCAUCUAUACGGACACACUCAACUGGGAAUGUAACAUUAUACGCAAUUGCACAAUGCAUUGAAAACACAACUCAGACCAUUUGCCAAGACUGCUUGAAUAUGGCAUAUAACAAUAUAAAGGAUUGUGUCCCCAAUACCGAAGGCAGAGCAAUUGAGAUGGGGUGCUUUAUGAGGUAUUCCGGCACACCGUUUUUUAAAGAUAACCAGACAACCAACAUCAGACAAUUCCUAAAGGAAGUGGAUUCAAGCAAAGUAGGAAUACUUGUUGCAGUAAUUGUGGGUGUAGGCAUGAUCUUUCUUAUCAUUUCUAUAUCACUAUGGUUUCGACUACGAAAAAGGUCCAAGGCACACAAAGAAGAUUCUUCGGAUCUACAAGCUGCAGUAAAUUUUAGCUACAAAGAUAUACAAUUAGCAACUGGUAAUUUUAGCGAAGAACACAUAAUAGGGAAAGGUGGAUUCGGUGAAGUGUACAAGGCAAUUUUACAUGACAAGAAUGUUGUGGCUGUAAAGAAACUCCUUGUACGACAUGGCAGAGCAAGAGUAGAAUUUGACAAUGAAGUCAAACUGAUGAGCAACAUUCGUCACCGUAACCUAGUACGUGUUCUUGGAUGGUCGAGUGAAGGACCAGAGCUCCUUUUGGUCCUGGAGUACAUGCCUAAUGGUAGCCUUGAUAGAUUCUUGUGGGGUGAAGCACGAGGAAGUUUAACAUGGAAACAACGGUUUGAGAUCAUAUUUGGGAUAGCUCGGGGUCUUGCUCAUUUGCACCAUGAAUUCCAUAUCAAAAUAAUUCAUAGGGAUAUAAAAUCAGCAAACAUUCUCAUUGAUGAAUAUUUUCAGCCAAAAAUUGCAGACUUUGGAUUGGCAAGAUUUCAUAGUGAAGAUGAAUCCCAUGUCAGCACUAAAUUCGCUGGGACCUUGGGUUAUACUGCACCAGAAUAUGCAACUCAUGGACAUUUAUCGGAGAAGGUGGAUACAUACAGCUUUGGUGUCGUGGCCCUUGAAAUCAUUAGUGGCCGAAGGUGCAACGAUAUGAACUCCCAUAGAUCGGACAUGUAUUACCUCCUUGAAGAUGCAUGGAGGUCGUAUGAGAACAACAUGCAUCUGAAGGUCGUUGAUGAGAACUUAGAUCUAAACGAAAGUGAACAAGAACAUGUCAAGAAGAUAAUGGAAAUUGCUUUAACAUGCACACAAUCACCGGUUGGCAUUAGACCAACCAUGUCAGAAGUUGUGUUAAUGCUUUCAAACGAAAGAUCAUUGGUGCGAAGAAUGGUAGGAAAUAAAUCUACUUUCAUCACUCUGGAUAAAAAGGACUGACGAGAGGUAAUCCACAAUUGAUACUAUGGUGUUUAAAAUUCUUGGGGGAAAAUGAACGCACUUUUGAACAUUUAGGAGAUUUCAAAUCACAAUAUAGGUGAUAUCUAUUUGCGACAUGAGUAGACCUUUUGUUGAUAUUUUAAAGCCAUUCAUAUCAAAUUAGUA